UUUCUCUACUUUCUUCCUCAAAACACACUAAAGCAAAAUCGCACCGCUUUUUUCUUCCUCUUUCAGACCUUCUGCCUAUCCUCUCCUUCUGAUUCCCUUCAUUCAUGGCGUCUCUGCAUUUGUACUCACUCUGCAUUGUCCUCUUCUACUCUCUUCUCUCUACUGCUCUCUUUACUUCCUCUUCGGACGUUUCUCUUGUCUUGGGUAAGAUCAAACCUUCACUUCAGGGUAGUGUGGAGAAUAUAAUGCUCUCUUCGUGGAACUACUCGGUUCCUCUCUGUCAAUGGAGAGGUCUCCACUGGGUUUUCUCUAAUGGGUCUCUUCUUCGAUGCGACGAGGUCUCCUCCCCUCAACGAACUAACAUUUCGCUCUUUAAAGACCCGGGUCUGCAACUCUACUCACUUCAGCUCCCAUCUGCUGGUCUCUCCGGUGAAAUCCCUAGAGAAAUCGUUGAGCUCUCCUCACUGCAGAGUCUAUACCUUGGUGUCAACUCGCUUACAGGUGAUGUCCCUCUAGAGCUCGGCUACAGCCCUUCGCUCUCUGAUGUCGAUUUAAGCAGCAACUCCUUAAAUGGGUCUCUCCCUCCUUCAAUUUGGAAUCUCUGUGAACGACUUGUGUCGCUUCGUCUUCAUGGUAAUAAUCUUUCAGGUCCUCUUCCCGAACCAGAGUUACCCAACUCAACUUGUAGUGAUUUACAGGUCUUGGAUUUGAGUGAGAACAAGUUUUCAGGAGAAUUUCCAGAUUUUGUAACUGGGUUUCAUGGUCUGAAAGAACUCGAUCUCGGGAAUAAUUCCUUUUCAGGUUCGAUUCCGGAGAGCCUAGCAGGACUAAGCCUUGAAAGAUUGAAUCUUUCAUAUAACAACUUCAGUGGGGUUUUGCCGACACUAGGGGAGUCCAAGUUUGGUGCCCAGGUUUUUGAAGGAAACAAUCCUGGACUAUGUGGGCAUCCUCUGGGGAGUUGCAGGGAAAGCUCUGGAAUGAGCUCUGGUGGUAUUGCGGCCCUUGUAAUUGGCCUGAUGACUGGUGCUGUAGUCUUAGCUUCAUUGCUAAUUGGGUAUGUACAGGGGAAGAGGAGGAAGAACAGGGGAGUAAAUGAAAAUGAUUUGGAGGAAGGUGAAGAAGAGGAGACUGGUGAUGGGAAGCUUCUACUAUUCCAGGGCGGAGAGCAUUUGACGUUAGAGGAUGUACUAAAUGCUACUGGUCAGGUGAUGGAGAAAACGAGCUAUGGAACUGUCUAUAAGGCUAAGCUUGCGGAUGGAGGUACCAUUGCUCUGAGGCUGCUCAGAGAAGGUAGUUGCAAGGAUAGAAGCUCUUGCCAACCAGUGAUAAAACAGCUUGGCCGAAUCCGACAUGAAAACUUGGUUCCACUUCGAGCUUUCUAUCAAGGGCAGAGAGGAGAGAAGCUCCUCAUUUACGACUACCUCCCAAACAAGACCCUUCAUGAUCUUUUACACGAAACUAGAGUGGGGAAGCCUAUUUUGAACUGGGCUCGGCGGCACAAAAUUGCGUUGGGUAUAGCCAGAGGUCUUGCUUACCUGCACACAGGCAUGGAGGUGCCCAUAAUCCAUGGGAAUAUGAGAUCAAAAAAUGUCCUAGUAGAUGAAUUCUUCAUGGCAAGGCUGACUGAAUUUGGUCUCGACAAGAUGAUGGUACCUGCUGUAGCUGAUGAAAUAGUGGCAAUCGCCAAGAUCGAUGGAUAUAAAGCCCCAGAUUUACAGAAGAUGAAGAAGUGCAAUCCGAGGACAGAUGUAUAUGCAUAUGGGAUCUUGUUGUUGGAGAUAUUGAUAGGAAAGAAGCCUGGUAAGGAUGCGAGGAGUGGGCAGUUUAUUGACUUGCCAUCCAUGGUGAAGGUGGCAGUGUUGGAGGAGACGACCAUGGAGGUUUUUGAUGUGGAGGUAUUGAAGGGGAUAAGAAGUCCAAUGGAGGAAGGCUUGGUUCAGGCAUUGAAGCUUGCAAUGGGUUGCUGUGCUCCUGUGGCGUCGGUUAGACCUACCAUGGAUGAAGUUGUUAAGCAGUUGGAAGAGAACAGACCCAGGAAUAGAUCUGCAUUGUACAGCCCAACAGAAUCAAGGAGUGAUAUAGGUACCCCUUUUUAAUCUUUUUUCCUCCAAUUGAAAUAUACCCUGAAGCCUCUUUGUUCCCUCUCUGCCUCUAAUUCUAAGUAGGGAAGCUUGGUGAUUCAUUAUGUUUGUGUAUGGAAUUUGUAUUUUUAAGUGAGGUUGGAGUUCUAUAAUCUUUUUAGUUUUUGA